AAGUAUUAAAAUUUAAUUUAAUAUUUAAAUAAAUUACAAAUAAACUGUUUGUUUUGAAUCUAUUUAUUUCCUUGAAAUAGUUGAAAUCAUAUAUACAGUAGACGCUCUCUUAACCGACCAUGACGGGAGCUGCCCAUAGGUCGGAUAAUCAAAAAGUUGGUUAAACCGAAAAUCUUUAAAACCACCCUCAGAAAGACAUUACAUAUGUAACUCUAUUAAAAAUAUAUAUAUUUUAUGAUCUAUAAACAAAAAAGUAGUAUGUACAUAUAGUCCAUCCGCUAUAACUUUUCCCAUGGGUCACGAUUCAUUUUUAAACAAAUUAAGUCAAAAUAUAAAGUGAAACGAAUGUCGAUGUGUAUAUACAUAUGUAAUUAACAAUAUCACUCACAAGACAAAUUAUGAAACUUGUAUGACCUCUAAUCUAAAAAUAGUAUCAUCCAAAAAGGUGUAGGGUCGGUCGGUUAAGAGGGCGUCUACUCUAAGUAUAACUUACAUACAUAAAAGUACACACACUAUUUUUUAAUCCAUGUUUAAACACUGGUUAUGUCACUAGUAUUAAAAGAGGCACCUAAACACAUUUUGCAAAUUAUCACAAAAACUAAUCUUGUAAGUAACAGACCAGUUUAGCCCCAGCAUCCUCAUCUGAUCUUCCCCCUUUUCUAGCAACAGUUUAUGCCUGGGAGAAUCCACCUGCAGAAUAACUGAUAAAUGCUUAUACUUUUCAUUAACAAUAACCAUACUAACUCCUUCCACGCUAUGUAUUCUGCUUUACUAUUUUGACCAGCUUCUUAUCUUAUUCCCAGUAUCUUCCACACAUCCGAACCUAAAUGACUUAAACUCAUACUCUCACCUUUUCUAUAGAAUUAUCACAAUACCGUUUUAGCUUUUUAAGAAGCAAUUGAUAUUUUUACAUAAUCAGUGUGAAACCAAUUAUUGCAAGCUCCACUGCAGCCCAUCCAUAAUGAGACCAGAAUUUUGUUUACAUGAUUUGGUUCAGAUUCAUUUAGUUUCUGUUAUGAAUUAACGUCUUUUUUCUCCGAAUCAAUAUUGCACUAUCUAUAGGCACUUCAGACUUUCUCAAAACAAGCAGUUCUAAUAAAAGAACAUAACAUUAAUUUAAUCAAAAUAUAAUUUUGCAUUUUCUAUUUUUUGCAAUGUUUCUAUAUAACCUCAAUCUUCUUUUUACAAACUGACAGUUAUGUAAAAUUUAUAUUUUUGUGUGCGACUAGGGCAACCAGUGAUCACUGAGGGCGGCCAUAUUUUGCUCUGGUUUCCGGGCUUGGCUACACUCUCCCUGGACGCACUCUGACAGCCGGGACAGCGACAAAAUUUAUUUUGUUUUUGUCUUAGACAAGGAAAGAGAGUUUUUGUCUUAGACAAGGAAAGUCUCUUUUUUCCUUGUCUAAGGUUUUUGUUACAAAUUUAGGUUAUGUUAUGACAAUGACAACACAAAUAGACAGGGAAGCUUUUUUUCUUACAUUGCAGAAAAAUCUAUUAAAUUUUUGUAAACUAUUACCGUCUCAUGUCGAUAAAUGGCGAAAUUUAUUAAAUGAAGCAGAAAAACCUGUACAAGCACUGGUUAAUUUCUCUGAACAGUUGAGACACGUGGAGAAGGCUAAUAUAAGUUACUUAGAGGAUUUCAAAGUUUUACAGGACAAACUUAUGUACAAGAUAUUCUCAGAGAUAGAAGAUGAAAUAGCAUCCAUCAGAGGAAUCAUAGAUCGUUUGCACACAGCCAACCAAGAAGUGAAAAACAAAUUAUCCAUAUUAGAAAAAUCUACAGUAGACUUGGACUGGGAUGAGGAGACACCAUUAAUUAGGGGAACAGCGUUUCAGCCUCCUCUUUCUAGAAUUCUACAGGAGGGAUACAAUUAUGUAUUGUUCUUUACAUCAGCUCUAAAAUCUUUUAAUGAUAAUAUGAAAGUGUUAAAUAUCCGAAAUGAACAUUUUAUGAAAAUUUUUGAAAAUAAGUUCAAAAUAGAUUUAGAAAGUAAAGUUGUUAUUAAUUAUUUAGCAAUUGUUCAAUAUAUAGGCAACGAGAAAGCUGCAGUAUAAGGUUUUUUAUCAACAAACUUUUCACUUUUAAAAUAUUUUAUCUAAAACUUUUGAUGAUUUUGAUCGCCAUUGUAAGUGUGAUACUUAGGAAUAAAUGAAAAUGCUAUAUUUAUUAUAUAAAA